AUGGAAUUGUCUGACCAAGAAGUAGAGAAAAGUACCCCUGCGAUAGUUCCUGUUACACCCGAGGUCACUGUAGUAGACAAAACUUCGGAACCGCAAGUUCCUGUUCUAGAAAAAAAUUCGUAUACCAUUGAAGAAGCUCUCGAAAUUCUUGCCACCCCUCCGAGAGAAGUCGUCGCACCUCAAACUAAAACCCCAGAAGAGGACUUAGAUAUUCUUGAUUUAAGAACAUCACCCGUCCAAGUUUCACCGCCUCGCCUCGCGUAUUAUCGGGUCGGUGAACCAAAUCAUCCUUGUGUUAAACUCCCCACCUUAUCACCUAAGAAAAAUUCUAGUCCUUCUUCUCGAUGGAGAAUCACGCGAGAGCCAAAAUUAAAUGAUUUACGUAUCACGAUUCGCCGAUACAGCCCCCCAAAGAAAAUUACUCCCGUGAAACGAAGGGUGUUCAGGGAGUGGCGACAGACCAUGGAAAUCACCCAUUUAGAAGAUCCGGACAAAAGGAAGCGACCACGACCUCCUCCAAAGGAAACGACAAGGAAACGGCGGCGAAGUCCCUCGCGCACGAAUAGGAGAAAAUCCAGCAUAACGCGAUCACCACGAAAAAAGAGCGUACCGAAACGUCCGCACAAAAGUCCUCAAUCCCCGAGAAAAAAUGUAAAGCGCGAUAAGCCACAUUCCCCGCGUUCUACAUUACCGCGAGCUAGGCCCUCAACGUAUAGAACGCCGAAGCGACCGAAGUUGGGAUUGGUAAACCCACCAAAAUUAAUUCACAAUGCAAAACGAAUUUUAUUCAGUUAG